UAUGAAAUGGUAUAAAACGCUGAGAAAUUGGUAAAGUGCAUCAGUUACACACCUAAAUCAGCUUUGUAUUUAGGGUAUAGUUUUAAAGAUGCAUCUUCAAUCCACACUCAUCUUUAUUUUGAUCAACUUCUACUGUUUUACUUGUUCGCCAUAUUAUGUAAAUAAUCUUUCAAAACGUUCACAGAAAACCUGUGGUCACAGGUUAACAGAUAGGCUUAAUAGGAUAUGCCUAGGAAGGUAUUGGUCACCAAAUAGCAACAACAAAAGAAGUACAGAUAACGAUGUAAUGAACAUGGACAACGACUUUUUAGACACUAUCGACUCUGAUUACAGCAACACCGAUGUAAUUUAUCCUUACGUUUCAACCGAUCCAGUAUUCUCUCUUCUUCUCCCCAAAAAAAUUCAAAAAUCAUUUGGAAUCGUCAACGAAUGCUGCUAUAACGCUUGUACAGACGAUACCAUAGGAGAAUAUUGUGCAGAAUAGGCCAAAGAAACUUGUCUGUAAAGAUUGUUUACUAAAAUAUUUAUGUAAAUUUCAAUUUAUUUAAUUUGUAAUAAAUUGCAUCAACCAA